CUGCACUGUGGCAGAACAUAAAAUUUAAUUCAAUUUUGUUCGGUAUAAUUUGGUGGUGUCGAUUUUUUACAGAAAAAUAAUACCUUAAAAGCAUUAGCUCUGUAUCAAAAAAGCAGUUUUAGUUUAUAUAAAGUGUGUAAAAUAGUACGGUGUUUAGUGUUUUGAAUUAGCAGCAAUGGCCCAACCACAAAAGCCAGGGUAUCAAAAUAAAUUCAUAUACGCCACUCUGCCACGCACCCAACGUGGCCAACCCAUUGUAUUAGGCGGUGAUCCCAAAGGAAAAAAUUUCCUUUACACUAAUGGAAACUCGGUGAUUAUUAGGAAUAUUGAGAAUCCAGCCAUUGCUGAUGUCUACACGGAGCAUUCGUGUGCCGUCAAUGUGGCCAAAUAUUCACCAAGUGGAUUCUACAUUGCAUCAGGCGAUGUGUCCGGGAAGAUUCGCAUCUGGGACACCGUGAACAAGGAGCAUAUAUUAAAGAAUGAGUUCCAACCGAUUGGUGGUCCCAUUAAGGAUAUUGCCUGGUCACAAGACAAUCAGCGUAUUGUCAUUGUUGGCGAGGGGCGUGAACGUUUUGGUCAUGUUUUUAUGGCUGAGACCGGCACUUCGGUGGGUGAGAUUAGCGGCCAGUCGAAACCGAUUAACUCAUGCGAUUUUCGUCCAGCGCGUCCCUUCCGUAUUGUAACUGGCAGCGAAGACAACACUAUCGGUGUCUUCGAGGGUCCACCGUUCAAAUUCAAAAUGACCAAACAGGAGCAUUCGCGCUUCGUGCAGGCCGUACGUUAUUCGCCAGAUGGUAAGUUCUUUGCUUCGGCCGGUUUCGAUGGUAAGGUCUUUCUUUACGAUGGCGUCAGCUCGGAUUUGGUUGGCGAAUUCGGUAGCCCUGCACACAAGGGUGGUGUUUAUGCCGUUGCAUGGAAGCCGGAUAGCACACAAUUGCUUACCUGCUCCGGUGAUAAGACUUGUCGUUUGUGGAAUGUGGAAACACGUGAAUUGAUUAGUGAAUUUGUAAUGGGUACCACCGUCGAUGAUCAGCAAGUUUCUUGCCUUUGGCAAGGCGAACAUUUACUCACUGUAUCGUUGUCGGGUAACAUUAGUUACCUGAAUGUCGAGGAUCCAACGAAGCCAUUGCGCAUUAUUAAGGGUCACAAUAAGCCAAUCACUGUGCUGGGAUUGAGCGAUGAUCGGAGCACUAUCUACACUGGCAGUCACGAUGGUGUGGUAACGAACUGGAAUUCGGGCAGCGGUGUGAAUGACCGCAUCAGUGGCACGGGGCAUGGCAAUCAGAUCAAUGGCAUUGCUGCCUGGGGCGAUUUCGUCUACACUUGCGGCAUCGACGAUAGUCUGCGUCAAAUUAGCAUCGAGGGCAACACCUACACCGACUACGUUGUGAAGCUCAACUGCCAGCCACGUGGCUUGGCCAUUUUCCGCAAUGAGAACAUCAUAGCGCUGGCUUGUGUCAAGGAACUGACUCUUGUGCAAGACAAUAAGAAAAUAUUGGCAUUGCCCAUUAAAUAUGAGGCCAGCUCGGUUUCUGCAAACCCUGAAACACUGGAUUUAGCAGUGACCGGUGACGAUCAUAAAGUGCACGUCUACACGCUGAAGGGCACAACGCUGGAGGAAAAAGUCGAGCUGCAGCACUUGGGGCCGGUGACCGAUUGUGCGUACUCCCCCGAUAAUAAGUAUUUGGUGGCAUGCGAUGCGAAUCGCAAAGUCAUACUCUAUGCUGUUGAAGAGUACAAGCCGGCGCACAACAAGGAAUGGGGCUUCCAUAAUGCGCGCGUCAAUACGGUGGCCUGGUCACCAAAUUCUCUUUUAGUUGCUAGCGGUUCGCUGGAUACCACCAUCAUUAUUUGGUCUGUAACCAAUCCGGCCAAACAUACCAUCAUUAAAAAUGCUCAUCCACAAUCGCAAAUUACACGCUUAGUGUGGUUGGACAACAACACUGUGAUCUCCACUGGUCAAGAUUGCAACACCAAAGUAUGGGAAGUCGAAACUAUUUAAGUUGAAAACUUGAAAAUCAUUGCACUUUUGUAUGAGAAGAUGAACGCAACGACUACAUUAAUAUAAUAGAUUAUGACUAACCCCACUUUAGCCGCCGUUUGCUUAGUUUAUAAACAAGAAAUUUAUAUAGUACACAGUAGCCCGUCAUUUGUCGACCCAAAGAUAUUUCUAUACAUUUAUCUAUACAAACACAACGACACCAAAUAGUGCUGUUGUCGGUCCUUUACCGCCCCACCGACAUCACCAAGGUGUAUUCACUGGCGCUCAUCUGCAUCAACACAUUAAUGUAUUGUAGGUACCAAUUACUGCUGCUACAGCUGCCAAAAAUGCGUUUAAUUUUCAUACUACUAUUUUUUGACAAAUCUUGUUAAGUUCUAUAGUGGCAAACGCUUUGAUUUAACCAAAAAGAAGAAUUGUAUUAAUCAUAAUAUUUUUUCAUAAAAUUAGCGCUUUUACACUCUUCUACAGAUGUACUUCUUUAAAACAAAAGGAAUGAUGUAUUUUAUUUAUUUAUAUUUUAUAGAGCUUGGGAAAGCUCAGGUAGUAAUUGACCGUGCAUCUAUUUACUUACAGUACUCAUGGUAUUAAAACUAUAGUUGAGCCACCAUUUUGACUAACUAAACCGUUUUGCAGUCAAUUAUUGGUAGAAAUCAAAUAUCUUGCAAUUUAUAUUUUUUAACGUCGAAGUGUAGGCACUGAUAUGUAAAACGCGAUUUAUUUAUCAUAUUAUUAAUGUAUACAGAAAUAUUUGUACUACUGCAUUAUUAUAACAAAAAUUAAAUGUACUUGCGUGAAAUUGUGUACAAUAUUGCCGCGUGCGUACGAAAAAGUGAAUGCGAACCAAAUAAAAAAAAAAUAUUUUGCA